AUGGGAGCGUCGAGCUCGACACCUUCAUCAGCCACUGGCUCGGCGGCAAUAGAGCAGAUCUUCAGGUCUGCGCAGGAGAAAGCUGCCUUUGAAAAGAUCGUGAGUGAGACGCCAGCUCCACGCGAGGACGUGGCAUACCACGCGCUGCUGGGGACUCCCAAGCCGCUGCCACAAUUGACACAGGCGCAGGUGGAGCUACUGACACGCGAAUAUGGCGAGACACUAGCCCAGAACAGUCUCCAGUCCGGGAACUUCCGCGUGUUGCUGCGCUUCGUGAUCCAUGAGCUACCGUUUAGCUGCAGAGUGGCUAAGAUGACGGAAAGUGAGUUGGCAGCUUAUGCGCCGGGUGUCGUGGGACUAGACCCCUUGAACGGCAAGCCGCAGACAGUUGACACGCACUUGCACAGAGCUCUGAAUGCAUUGUUCUUGGUUCGGCAGUUCGCGAUGCGGUUUGUAGAAAGAACAGACGAGUGCCCGUUGCUGGCUCAUUUCAAUCAUAAACCUACGACGGAGCCUAGAAGGAGCAACGCUGUUGCUGCUACGAUGAGACAGAGUCUGUCCAUUCAAAUGGAGGAUGACCGUGCUGACAACAAGAGAAACGCUGAUGAGGUAUCACUAGAAGACUCAUCCGAUGACCUUGCUGCUCGCUUUCUGGAUGCUCUGCUCACGGCUCUCAUUGAGUUCCCUCCCAAUGAUAGGACGUACGAUCUGCACGUGGAAGCUGUGAACACGCUGUUGGUGCUUUUGUCGCCUGUGGCGUAUCCACGGGACCACUCUAAACAGGCCGGUGACUUACUUACACACAAUCCGUUUCUUUAUAUGUUGAUGGCGUCCGCUCUUCCUGAUGGCAAGAAAUCAUAUUGGGCAUCUGCUAUCGUUCGUCGCUUGCUCCAGAAUAGUAUCGAGCAGAUCCAAGCUACUGGGGCGAGUUCUGCUUCGAAUACCGCAGUGAUUGCUCUACGAAAAGCUCGGGAGACCUCACUCAUUGCGAUGUCUGGGAUGUCCGACCAGGCGUAUGAGCUGGAGCAAUUCUCGUAUUUGACGCUGGAGGGCGUUGGCUCCAUUGCAGCGUCGAUCUUUCGCUUUCCGUGGAGUUUUAUCCGAUAUUUUACCACCCGCGAGGAUACUGCAAGCCCACUUGCCGACCGUAGUGUACUGCUGCUAUUAAUUCUUCUCCAAAGUUGCCGAGAUAGUGACUCCCCCGUGGCAAGCAACCCUUUCCGAGGGGCUCUGUGUGGUAUUACAGAUGGCGCUGACACUGACACCCACGACGUAUCAGAGAUCGAAGACCCCAGAGCUCAUUUGGUGCAACAGAGCGAGGCAACUUCCAGCUCCAGCGCUGAGAAAUUGGAGCUCUUGUACUCGGAUCUGUUCAAAGUCAUUGGCCGUCACGCACCUUACGAAGCGAGUCAUCUAAUGCUGUAUACGCUGCUUUAUUCCAACCCAAUGAUAUUGGACACAGCGUUGAGUGAUGUCGAUAUGGAACGUCUGCUGCUGCCCUUAUUGGAGACGCUGUACCACGCGCGGUCUGUUGAGCCUAGUCGCCUGUACAUGCUGGUGAUCGUGCUGCUGACGUUCACUCAAGAUCCUUCGUUCGUUCGCACCGCACACACGCAGUUGGUGGUGCCCAACGUAUCGUGGUACCAGGAGCACUACAUGUUGGACGUGUCGUUGGGUAGUCUCAUGAUGGUUAUCUUCACCCGCCUCAUCUUCCGUAAUAUCACGCACUUCCAAGACAGCUUCAUCCACCUGAACGCGUUUGCAGCGCUGUCCAACCUCGCACGCUCGGCUGAGAAUCUGCACAUGUACGCGGCUCAAGGGAUCGUGGGGCUGAUCGACAUGCUGGCCAAGAACGAAGCGAAGCUUGUACUGGCGCAGAAGCAGUCGGCCUAUGUUGAGUUUAUCCGGCUGCUACUGGGCGUGAUCUCGUCGUGCUUGAAGGCGCGACAGUUGCCGCGCAACCCGCAACUUAUUUAUUCACUGCUGCAUCGCGCCGAUACAUUUGCCGCGUUGCAGCAGCACUCGGAGUUCGCUGCGCACGUGAAUAACGGUCCUGUGUGGAGUACAUUGGCGCGUUUCCAGGCAGUUGUGGAUGCGAAAACCUCGCCGGACGACGUGCUUGACACUGACAUGGUGCUGGAUAUUAUCCGAGGAGAAUGCGUGAGCCUCCUGGCGGCUUCUAGUGCACGAUCGUGGACAGGAGACGCCUCAAAGUCGAAAACCUCGCUAGACGACGACGAUGCCAGCUAUCGGUACGAAGAGGAGGUGGACCCGGAGCAGUUCUUCGUGCCGCACAUUUGGAAACUUGUCCAAGAGCAGACGCCCGACUUCUGCUGGAAAGUUGACAAGAUCACACUGUUCGUGCCAGACGGGAGAACCGCGCCUACGAGUGUUACGACAGGUUAA